CGCUGAGUGGGCGGUGGCGGAGUCUCGUUGGCGGUUCCGGCUCCGCUCGCUGGGCUGGGGGUUGUUGGUGGCUUUGACUGGUUUGGGGGAGCGUCUUUGAGUUGAAUUCUUUUCUUUUUCUAGCUUCUCCUCGCCGGCCAUUUGCCCCACCUUGGACAUCGAGCGGGAGUGAGGCCAUGUCUGGAGACGCAGCCGCAGAGCAGGCAGCUGAGUAUGUCCCAGAGAAAGUGAAGAAAGCUGAAAAGAAAUUAGAAGAGAAUCCAUAUGACCUUGACGCUUGGAGCAUUCUCAUUCGAGAGGCACAGAAUCAACCUAUAGACAAAGCACGGAAGACUUAUGAACGCCUUGUUUCCCAGUUCCCCAGUUCUGGCAGAUUCUGGAAACUAUACAUUGAAGCUGAGAUAAAAGCUAAAAAUUAUGACAAGGUUGAAAAGUUAUUUCAGAGAUGCCUUAUGAAGGUUUUGCACAUUGAUUUGUGGAAGUGUUACCUUUCUUAUGUUCGAGAAACCAAGGGCAAACUACCAAGUUACAAAGAAAAAAUGGCUCAAGCAUAUGACUUUGCACUGGAUAAAAUUGGAAUGGAAAUUAUGUCUUAUCAGAUUUGGGUGGAUUACAUCAAUUUCUUAAAAGGCGUGGAAGCUGUUGGAUCUUAUGCAGAAAAUCAAAGAAUAACAGCUGUUCGAAGAGUUUACCAACGAGGCUGUGUUAAUCCAAUGAUCAAUAUUGAACAGCUCUGGAGAGACUAUGACAAGUAUGAAGAGGGUAUCAAUAUUCAUUUAGCUAAAAAAAUGAUUGAAGAUCGAAGUAGAGAUUACAUGAAUGCUAGGCGUGUAGCAAAGGAAUAUGAGACAGUAAUGAAAGGUUUGGAUCGCAAUGCUCCCUCAGUGCCUCCUCAAAAUACUCCACAAGAAGCUCAGCAGGUAGAUAUGUGGAAGAAAUAUAUCCAGUGGGAAAAGAGCAACCCUCUCCGUACAGAAGAUCAGACCCUUAUAACUAAGAGAGUUAUGUUUGCUUAUGAACAGUGCCUGCUUGUACUGGGACAUCAUCCUGAUAUUUGGUAUGAAGCUGCCCAAUAUCUUGAGCAGUCAAGUAAACUACUAGCAGAGAAGGGGGAUAUGAAUAAUGCCAAAUUAUUUAGUGACGAAGCUGCUAAUAUAUAUGAAAGAGCCAUAAGCACUUUAUUGAAAAAGAACAUGCUUCUGUAUUUUGCAUACGCAGACUAUGAGGAGAGUCGCAUGAAAUAUGAGAAAGUUCACAGCAUUUAUAACAGACUCCUGUCAAUUGAGGACAUUGACCCCACCUUGGUAUACAUACAAUAUAUGAAAUUUGCAAGAAGAGCAGAAGGUAUCAAAUCUGGAAGAAUGAUAUUUAAGAAAGCAAGAGAAGAUACCAGAACCCGCCACCAUGUCUAUGUUACUGCAGCACUCAUGGAAUAUUACUGUAGUAAGGUAAGACAAAUCUGUUGCUUUAAGAUAUUUGAGCUGGGCUAAAGAAAUUAUGGAGACAUCCCAGAAGUGUCCUAGGCAUAUAUUGAUUAUCUUUCUCACCUCAAUGAGGACAAUAAUACCCGAGUUUUAUUUGAAAGAGUUUUAACAUCUGGAAGUCUUCCUCCUGAGAAGUCUGGAAAAUCUGGGCCCUGAUUUCUAGCUUUUGAAAGUAAUAUUGGUGACCUAAGGCCAGUAUACUGAAAGUGGAAAUAAAGACGAUUUACAGCAUUUAAAGAAGACUAUGAAGGCAAAGAAACAGCUCUAUUGGUAGAUAGAUAUAAAUUCAGUGGAUUUAUCUCCUUGUUCUGCAAGUGAGCUAAAGCUCUUGGCUAUAAGGAUUUCUCCCGUGCUAAGCUAGCAGCUAUCAUUCCAGACCCAGUUGUAGCUCCUUCUAUAGUGCCUGUUCUGAAAGAUGAAGUGGAUAGAAAACCAGAAUAUCCUAAACCAGACACUCAGCAGAUGAUUCCAUUUCAGCCACGACAUUUAGCACCUCCUGGCUUACACCCAGUGCCUGGUGGAGUGUUCCCAGUACCACCUGCUGCAGUGGUUUUAAUGAAACUUCUCCCUCCUCCUAUCUGUUUUCAGGGGCCUUUUGUACAAGUGGAUGAACUGAUGGAAGUUUUCCGAAGAUGCAAGAUACCAAAUACUGUUGAGGAAGCUGUAAGGAUCAUAACUGGUGGAGCCCCAGAACUGGCUGUGGAAGGCAAUGGCCCCGUGGAGAGCAACGCUGUACUCACCAAGGCUGUCAAAAGGCCCAACGAGGACUCUGAUGACGAUGAAGAAAAGGGAGCUGUUGUGCCCCCCGUUCACGACAUUUACAGAGCGCGGCAGCAGAAGCGGAUUCGGUGAAGCAAGGUUCAAAGCUGCCUUUGGAAGAAAACUGCAAAGUUUUCCCCUUUUGCCUCUUAAGUCAUAUGUUUAAAUGAGACAAUGCUUUGUUACAAGAUUCUUGGAAACAAAGUUGUAUUGUCAUUGGUGCCUCGAUCAUAUGGUUCUUGAGGGAAUAAAAAACCAACCUGUGUGAGUUUUAGAUUUUCAAAAAUGUGAGACCAAUACAAAAUGCCAGAACCACAUUUUGUUCCUUCUUCAAGGGUGUCUUGUAUCUGCCACUUGAGGACAUGUGAGUUUUCAACAGUUUUAUUUUAAAAACUGGAUGGCUUAUGAUUGUAAAGCUUUUUAUCACAUUUUCUGAAAACAGUUGUUCUUGGUUUGCUUAUGUAGAGUCCUGCCUUCUUGUUUGUUAUUAUUUAUGGCAGAAUGUAUGGAAUCUGUUUUGUAGUUUGACAUUUUAAAAACAAAAAUCCUUUAAAAGAAAUAUAAGGAUCUCAAAAGUA